AAGAUUGCAAAUCCGAGAAACCACCAAGGAGCCGACACCGAUGCAAACACACGAGGGUUUAUUUACAAGCUCGAGCUUGGGUCCAAGUGUGUCCGACACAACGGAGCAGGAACUUGGACCCCAGAUUAAACUAACACUGUUUGAAAGAAGACAUUGUUUUCAACAUGAGUGCUAAUAAAAAUGAGAGACCGAAGUCCAGAAGCCACAAUUUUCACCUUUUUCAUGCCUUGAUGAUGCUAAGCAUGACCAUGCUGUUUCUUCCAGUCAUUGGAACUUCUAAGCAAAAUAUUCCACGACUCAAGCUGACUUACAAAGACUUGCUGCUUUCAAAUAGCUGCAUUCCCUUUUUGGGUUCAUCAGAAGGACUAGAUUUCCAAACCAUUCUGUUGGAUGAGGAGAGGGGCAGGCUGCUUGUAGGAGCCAAGGACCACAUCUUCCUGCUCAGCCUGGUUGACUUAAACAAAAAUUUUAAGAAGAUUUAUUGGCCUGCUGCAAAGGAACGAGUGGAAUUAUGCAAAUUAGCUGGGAAAGAUGCCAAUACAGAAUGUGCAAAUUUCAUCCGUGUACUUCAGCCGUAUAACAAAACUCACAUUUAUGUGUGUGGAACUGGAGCAUUUCAUCCAAUAUGUGGUUAUAUUGAUCUUGGAGUCUACAAGGAGGAAGUAAUAUUCAAACUGGACACACAUAAUUUGGAGUCUGGCAGACUGAAAUGUCCUUUUGAUCCUCAGCAGCCUUUUGCUUCGAUAAUGACAGAUGAGUACCUCUACUCUGGAACAGCUUCUGAUUUCCUUGGCAAAGACACGGCGUUCACGCGUUCCCUUGGGCCUACUCACGACCAUCAUUACAUCAGAACUGACAUUUCAGAGCACUACUGGCUCAAUGGAGCAAAAUUCAUUGGAACUUUCCCUAUACCAGACACUUAUAAUCCAGAUGAUGAUAAAAUAUAUUUCUUCUUUCGGGAAUCAUCUCAGGAAGGCACCACUUCUGACAAGACCAUCCUUUCUCGAGUUGGAAGAGUUUGUAAGAAUGAUGUUGGAGGACAGCGCAGCCUGAUAAACAAAUGGACGACUUUCCUUAAAGCCAGAUUGAUUUGCUCAAUUCCUGGAAAUGAUGGAGCCGAUACUCAUUUUGAUGAGCUUCAGGAUAUUUACUUGCUUCCCACAAGAGAUGAAAGAAAUCCUGUAGUAUAUGGAGUCUUUACCACAACCAGCUCCAUCUUCAGAGGCUCGGCGGUUUGUGUGUACAGCAUGGCUGACAUCAGAGCAGUUUUCAAUGGUCCUUAUGCUCACAAGGAAAGUGCAGACCAUCGCUGGGUGCAGUACGACGGGAGAAUUCCUUAUCCCCGACCUGGCACAUGUCCAAGCAAAACCUAUGACCCACUGAUUAAAUCUACCCGAGAUUUCCCAGAUGACGUCAUCAGUUUCAUAAAGCGGCACCCUGUGAUGUUUAAACCAAUAUACCCAGUUGCGGGAGGGCCAACAUUCAAACGGAUCAAUGUGGACUACAGACUGACCCAGAUCGUGGUGGAUCAUGUUGUUGCAGAAGAUGGCCAGUACGACGUGAUGUUCCUUGGAACAGACAUUGGGACAGUCCUCAAAGUGGUCAGCAUUUCAAAGGAGAAGUGGAAUAUGGAAGAAGUAGUACUGGAGGAGUUGCAGAUAUUCAAGCACUCAUCAAUCAUCUUGAACAUGGAAUUGUCUCUGAAGCAGCAACAAUUGUACAUUGGCUCCCGAGAUGGAUUGGUUCAGCUCUCCUUGCACAGAUGCGACACUUAUGGGAAAGCCUGUGCAGACUGUUGUCUGGCCAGAGACCCCUACUGUGCCUGGGACGGAAAUGCAUGCUCUAGGUACGCACCCACUUCAAAGAGGCGAGCUAGACGGCAAGAUGUGAAAUAUGGAGACCCAAUCACGCAGUGCUGGGACAUAGAAGACAGCAUUAGUCAUGAAACUGCUGAUGAAAAGGUGAUUUUUGGCAUUGAAUUUAAUUCAACCUUUCUGGAAUGUAUACCUAAAUCCCAACAAGCAUCUAUUAAGUGGUAUAUCCAGCGGUCAGGAGAUGAGCAUCGAGAGGAGUUGAAACCUGAUGAAAGGAUCAUCAAAACAGAAUAUGGGCUACUGAUUCGAAGUUUGCAGAAGAAGGACUCUGGGAUGUAUCACUGCAAAGCACAGGAGCACACCUUUAUCCACACCAUAGUGAGGCUGACUUUGAAUGUCAUUGAGAACGAACAGAUGGAAAAUACCCAGAGGGCAGAGCACGAGGAGGGGCAGGUCAAGGAUCUGUUGGCUGAGUCACGCUUGAGAUACAAAGACUACAUCCAAAUCCUUAGCAGCCCAAACUUCAGCCUGGACCAGUACUGCGAGCAGAUGUGGCACAGGGAGAAGCGAAGACAGCGGAACAAGGGCGGCCCAAAGUGGAAGCACAUGCAGGAAAUGAAGAAGAAACGAAAUCGAAGACAUCACAGAAACCUGGAUGAGCUCCCUAGAGCUGUGGACACGUAGUUGUCUAUUUAAUUUAAAGAAAAGAAUUCUUUACCUGCAAACGUACCGUCUUCUGUUUUGUACACCCCGUAUACAAACUCGUAGGCGCUUUCCCUGGAGCUUUGCUAAGGCAAGGGACACAGGAACAGAAUCCAAAUGAGACUGCCUGCAGGGAACCUGCUGUAGUGCGGGCGAAUCGUUCAUCUGAACCCGUGUUCCAAGAACGAAACAUGUCCCUUCCAAGUAUCAGAAUUAUCCUCAAAAUAGGGGCUUUACAUUUACUUGGGUAAACGUUCAAUGUGCUGAGUUUUUGAAUCGAUUAUGUCAUGUAAGUAAUUGAGCUAAGCAAGCAACCAGUUUGACAUUGUAAUAAGGUGUUUCAUUUUCCUCGUACGACCAUUAAGCGUGGGGUGACUGUGCUGGGUAUGUGUUCUUAGGAACAGAUACACCAUUCCCCUCUAGAACUGGCGACCUUGUGGCAGGGAUUGGAGGGCAGACGCAGAUUCCUAUAGCUCGUGCCGGCACCAGGAACCUUCCCAGCGAGCCGGUCAUUCCUGGCACACGGUUUAGGAACGUGGAGAGGUGCGUUGUGUCAGACACGGGGGUGACCUUCCCUGUACUGCAGCGUGAUUCACUGAAGGACCUACAUGCUCCUCCCGCGAUUUCUUAUGACUUGUCAAGAGUAGCAGGUUCACAGAGAGAGAAGUUGGUGUUCCGUUAUUGUUUUUAGAAUAUAUGCUGAGCUUCACAGGGAUGAAACGCUUCAUAAAUAUUUUAAUAGCACAUGAGAAAACAUCUUAAUAAGGGAAACACUAUGAUGUAUACUGUGUCCUAACGGGAAGGCAUGCAGAUGGGAUUUGUUGAGAGAAAGAAAGACAGCCAUAAAUUCUGGCUUUGAGGAAAACUCAUAUCCCCGUAAAAAGGAAGAACAAUCACAAAUAAAGUGGGCAAAAUGUAAUGUAGCUUUAUUCACUAGGGUAUAAGUAGGUGCCAAUUUGUAAUCCAUCUGUUGAAAAAAUUCUACCUUAUUCUGCUAGUGAAAGUCUGAGGAAAAGUAAAUUUUCUAAAAGAUCAUGGGAAGAAUGAACACAAAUUUAUUUACAACCAAUGGGAUUUCAGGAGUACUUCUUUUUUUUCUAAAAUUUCAUUAUACUCUGUAAAUUAUUUCCAUUUACUGCCUUUAUUCUCUCCUGAAUAUUGGAUUUUAUUUGAGUGAAUACAAAAUAACAAUAUAUACAUAUAGAGAAAGAUAGAAUUAGGUAGACAGUGAUGGGGAGCGGGGAUAUGUAUUUGUUGAACAAUAGAACAAAUGCAAAAAUGUUGACAACGGAAAGAGUUAAAUUAACUCUUUGACAUCUUUUCUUCACACAAUCUGUUUGCAUUUCUGAGAUUGUAUGCUGUAAUUCAAGUAGCCUCGUUUAAGUAAUUUAAUAAUAAAUAAGCCUAAUGCAUGUAAAGAAACUGAACUCACAGCAUUAACAUAAACAUUUUUCAUAUUCUGUUAGCACUUUUGAAUGUUUCCAAUUUAACUUUCCCUCUCUGCGUACGUAUGCUGUUUCCUGCCUGUUGGAGCAGAACUCACCUUUCCUUCUUGGAACACAAAACCCUUUGCCUUCUUCUGUUUUGCCUCUUCACGCCCUUUUUAGUGUGAAAUGAAAAAUUAGUCACUUCCUCACAUGGAAGGCAGCCUUUCAGAAAACUGAAUAGCAGACAUUGCUCGUCUCUCAUGGAUUCUGCAUGUCUUGAAAGAAGAGCCUGUGAGAACCUGUGUGGUUAGAGGAGUUUCAGCAUCAGGUCUGACUGCCUCUGUGUUCCCAGCAUUCGCUCGUAGGUUCAUUCUCUUCGCCUGGCUUACCUGUCUCAAAGUAGCCACAUGGCUGGAGCAGGUUAGGUACCCCUUUUGAAAUGAUACCCGUAAAUAUUUGUAGGUGUUUCACUCUACAGAAAACUAAGGCUCUUUUUUUUUUCUUCUUCUUCUAAAAAUGAACCAGAAACAAUCACUCUUAAAAAGUGAUGCAUAAGAUUAGCUCUAGGGUAGAAUCAGGCUGCCAUUUGAAUAUCACAAGGAGAGUGUUUCUAACUAUUGAUUUCCUGGGUUUAAAUGUUCCAGGAACUCAUGGUAAGCUCAAAAGAAGUAAAUGGGAGCAUGAUUUAUUUUUAAGAUUUCCUAAUAUUUGUAUAUCAGACAGUAAUGAUCAUAGUAGAGGUGACUUUUGGAAAAUUUCAUGAAGCUCAAAUGUUAGGAUUGACUUGUGUAAUAAAUUUGGUUUUCAUCACAAUAUGAGUGUUUAAGCCAUUUUUUAAUUACUCCUUUCUAUUCUUAAUUACUUAGAUAAAAUUUAGGCAACCUCUUUUACUUUACAGCUAAUAUUUUGGCUGCUUUGGAUCUAAAACAUUAAUUUAUGAUAAUUGCUUAAAAUAUGUUUGAAAUAUUGAGUAAAUAUUCAGUAAAACAAAAUGCCAUAUAAUAAAAAACAUAUGGGCAAAGAUUUUUGUGUAUUUAUAAAGAUAGAGGACAUCUAAGCUACAUUUAAUUUUUUAACCUUUUAAUUGCCAUAGAACACUUAGCAGGACAGUAUGAAUAUAUUAAGUCUAGAAAUGAGACACAAUAUAUAUACUUCCUCACCCCUGAAGGCUUUACCAAAUUAUCCUUGAAAUAAUUAAAAAUAAAAUUACAGUUAAUAGCUUCAAGUAUGUUUAUUAAGGAAUUAGCUAUCAAUGGAGAGGUCUUAUACAAUGUCUGCCUAGUCUUGGUUUUGUAUUUUCCUCCCGUUUUAAAUACAUCGGUCUUUAACUUGCAUAUUCUCGCUUGCAUUUCAUUCCAGCUAUUCAUGCUGCUAAAUGAAAUCCUGCCUUUCUGCAUACAUUUACAUUCAAUUUAUUGGGAAUUUUAAGAGUUUCCUUAGAACUGAAGAGUCUAAGUAAUUUAUGUAGAACUUUUUUUUCCUCCAAAAAAGCUCAAAACACUACAUUUAUAUUACCUACUUUCGGAAUACACAGUCUGAAAACCAACCAAAUUACUUAAGAGAUGGAAAAAAUAGUCAUAGAGAAAUUCAGAAAUUUGCAAAAGCUACAAGAGUAGAAGAAUUGCAAUCUUCACCAAAUCUCAUCAAUCUGUUGGCUACUGAUGCUCAUUUAGAAUAUGCUGCUUACAAAACGGUCUUACUCUUGAACUCUGUCUUUGGUCUGUAUUUCAGUUCUUUUAUGCUAUUAAGUUUCGUUCCUGCUGAAUUGUAUAGACUCAAUUAAAAAAUAAGUUUACAGUGGCCAGUGCCUGUUUUUCAACAUUAUCAAAAUUAAACUUUCAAAGACAAUUUUGUAUUAUCCAGAUGUCCACAAAAUAUUAAGUUGAACAAUAUCAUUAGUUACACACUGAUAUUUUAAACUUAAAUAUAAGCUAUAUAUACAUAUAUCAUAAAUACAAAUGAAAAUUAAAACCUAAAUGGCUUCUCUUUAGAAUGUUACAUUUGUCUUAGCAUGUUGGAAAAUUGAUUAGCCUUAUUGGGAAUGGACAGUUAAAGGGGAAAAAAGAGAUAUUUGAAAUGUUUUUAUAGAAAUAUAUUUUUCUCACAGGAAAUGACCAAAAUAUUUAAAUAACUUAGCUUACAUCUGAGGUUAAAAUAUAAGAUCUAAAAUUCCAACAUUCUAAAUAUUGACAACGCAAAGACAGGAACAUGCACAUGACUUAUACCUCUCAUUUAAAUAUUUUGUAGUGUAAAGUAUUUAUGGUAAGUUUGAGAUAGAUGAUUUUUUGGGAAAGGGCAACAAUCUAUCAGUUAAUCAUUUAAUUUAAUUCUGGUAUUGUAAGUGGUUACCAAUCAAUUUCGAAUUACAGUUUUGGUAUUUUAAAAGAAAUGUAGUCUUGUAAUCUAAAAUAAUUGAAUAUUGUCAAAUGUAUAUUUUGGUUGUAUUAUAAUAAAACGCAAACAUUGGUGUUCUAUGGUUAUAAACAGAA